AGGAAACUAAACUUUAAAAACUAACGAAACCAAGAGACAAAACACAUCUUGAAGAAAGAGAAACGGCUUACGUCUCAGAAGUAAACCCGGUUACAUGUGAGGUCAAUGUUACCACGAGAUACCACUAAUCCAGCCAAACCUCGAAACCGAGAUGCUAGCGUCUCCUGCAGUUUCACAAGAACCACCUAAAGUUGGAAGCACAACUGGAAUGUCGAGGCAAUAAUAAUGCAAGCCCGUAAACCAUCCAACCCUAUUGAACCGAACCGCAGCGUCCCAACAAAGAAAGGAGGAGAGGGUGAUCUUCGUUGAAUCAAAAAAAUUAAGCCACCUAACUCUUCAGGCACACAAUCUUAGUUUUGGCAGGAUAUAUUUAAGUCUCCUAAAAUGAUUAUCAUGUUCAUCUUAAUCUUAAACUAUUUAUAUAUUCAAAUUUUUUAAAAAAAAUUUCACACUAAAUUAUUAGUUUUAGUUAAAAUUGAAGAGGAUACACAUGUACAGUAUUAUUUUUAUAGAAAAACUGUUAAUGUCAACUUUAAACUUAAAAGAAUACGCAAUACCUCUGAGGCUCUGACGUCGACAAAAAAAAAGGAGUCUCAAAAAAUAAAGGAUACCAGUGAUUACAGCAAGAACCCCACAUGAUCGUCAGAAAAUCUUCUUUUUAUAAAGUGACCAAACCCCAAAUCCUCUUUUGGCCAAAACUUUUGACGUUGACAUUUUUGUAACGGACGGUGCAAGUAAGUCAACGCCCAAUGCAAACACAUGUUCGCUUUGCUUCUGAGUUAACUGUUUAACUUAACAGUGUGAAACCCACGAUUUGUCUGCAAAAUAGUCAACUCUUUCAUACAUCCAAUGAAGACGAUGCCAUGUGUUAUAUAAAUCAGCUGUUGUUUGGACAUCCGAAACAUGUUCUGUGCUUCGAUCUUUCAUUUUAUAGCCAGACUAACUCAUUAAUAAUACAGCCUAUUUUGUCGAGUUGAUCACUUCAACGAGAUAAGUAAAAAAAAAAAAGGGAAUAGUGAAGAGAGAUAGAGAAAGACGAGGAAAAGGAGAAACAAGGGACGAUGGGUUAUUGUUUUGCUAUUAAGCUGUGUUUAUGCAUCUUCUUUGCACUUUCAAUCGUCUCUACGGCUCGAAUCGGUAUUUCAUUUUCAGGAAAUGAAAAGUUGGUGAUGAGAGGAAGAUCAUUGAUGAUGGUGAGCACCAAUGACUACGACGAGCCAUCGGCCAACGGCAGACACAACCCACCUGGUGGGAGGCAUGGUGGAGGUCGGAGAGGGUGAAGAAUACAAAAUGUUUCUUAUUGUUAACAAAAGAGAAAAUAAUUAACGAGUAUUUUUAAAUUUUACUCAUUUAUAUCAUCACGUUCAUCUCUUUAUAUAUUGAACAAAUAAAACCCUCGGAAAAUAAUAUGUACUGAUAAAUUAAUAAGAAGAUAUGAACACUUGUAUCUCUUGGAAGAUCUCAAUGUCAGUAAGUGGUAAUAUAAUUAUUUUCGUUU